UAUGCAGACGUUAUGAAAAUGCUUCAUCUUCUCUACUCUUUCUACAAAGGUUAUCUCCAAAGAUCAAUGCUAAAGGGAUCUUUUGAAUCACUUGGUGUUGCACCAGUGAUGCCUACGAGGAUUGGGGGCACCAGAUGGGUUGGGCAUACUGUCACAGCUCUGCAGCAGUUGUGGAAAGGCUAUAAAGCUUUUGUUCACCAUACUGGCCAGACAGCAGGGCCUGGCAGUGGUGCAGACAGUUCUGCUCAGAUCAAAGCAAAGUCCCUCUUCAAGCUCCUAACACAGAGAUCACUUAUAGUGUAUGCUCAUUUCCUUCAUGACGUCCUGAACACAUUGAGCAAACUAUCAGCAGAACUACAACGAAAGGAUGUGACCAUCCAUGAGUGCCACGAUUUAACAGUUAAAGGCUACUAUUGCUACUCUGGAACAGAUGAAAGAAAAAGUAAGUCAUUUUGUUGA